GCGCGGCCCCGCCCCCUCGGCGCCAGGGCGCACGCGCAGAGCUGGAGCCGGCGCGGAGGAGGGGGCGGCCGCGGCUGUCCAGUCUCCUACCCCUCACCGCGCGCGCGCGGGGACCCAGUAGCCGCGGCUGCUUCGGUUGCCGCGGUCGGUGGUCGUUAUGGAUUCUCCAUGGGACGAGUUGGCUCUGGCCUUCUCCCGCACGUCGAUGUUUCCUUUUUUUGACAUCGCGCACUAUCUGGUGUCAGUGAUGGCGGUGAAACGUCAGCCGGGAGCAGCUGCAUUGGCAUGGAAGAAUCCUAUUUCAAGCUGGUUUACUGCUAUGCUCCACUGUUUUGGUGGAGGAAUUUUAUCCUGUCUACUGCUUGCAGAGCCUCCAUUGAAGUUUCUUGCAAACCACACUAACAUAUUACUGGCAUCUUCAAUCUGGUAUAUUACAUUUUUUUGCCCGCAUGACCUAGUUUCCCAGGGCUAUUCAUAUCUACCUGUUCAACUACUGGCUUCGGGAAUGAAGGAAGUGACCAGAACUUGGAAAAUAGUAGGUGGAGUCACACAUGCUAAUAGCUAUUACAAAAAUGGCUGGAUAGUCAUGAUAGCUAUUGGAUGGGCCCGAGGUGCAGGUGGUACCAUUAUAACGAAUUUUGAGAGGUUGUUAAAAGGAGAUUGGAAACCAGAAGGUGAUGAAUGGCUGAAGAUGUCAUACCCUGCCAAGGUAACCCUGCUGGGUUCAGUUAUCUUCACAUUCCAGCACACCCAGCAUCUGGCAAUAUCAAAGCAUAAUCUUAUGUUCCUUUAUACCAUCUUUAUUGUGGCCACAAAGAUAACCAUGAUGACUACACAGACUUCUACUAUGACAUUUGCUCCUUUUGAGGAUACAUUGAGUCGGAUGCUAUUUGGCUGGCAGCAGCCGUUUUCAUCAUGUGAGAAGAAAAGUGAAGCAAAGUCACCUUCCAAUGGCACUGGGUCAUUGGCCUCAAAGCUGGUAGAUGUUGCUUCAGAUAAUGUUAAAAAGAAACAUACUAAGAAGAAUGAAUAAAUUUAUGUGAUGAGCUCUACAAGGCCAAAAAUUUUUUUUCUUACCUACCUGUUAGUUGUGCUAAUUUUUCUGUGUAUGUGAUGUGAAAUGAAGACUAUAUAUAUGGAAUGGAGGUGACAGAAAGAAAGAAAUUCUUUGAGGGAGACUUCCCCUUUCUGGAUUGUAAUUGUUGAGUGUUAUGAGUGUAUCAUGUGAUUAUGCUUUACUGGUAUAAGAGAUUCUGUUGUGAUUAUUUGAAUAGUUUUAUAUUAAUAAAAGAAGGCAAAAUUUUUUAAAUGUUAGAAAAAGCAGAUCUGUCAUUGCAAAGUAACAAAAAUUUUAAGCUUUUAAAAAUGUAGAUAUUCUCAUAUUUUAAAAAUUUGAAUCUAUUUGAGCUUUAGUUCAGCAGAAUUAAAUUUUACUUUACAUUAUCAUUAAAAUUGCUAGGUAUGGAAAACAAUUCCUAUUUUAUUUUGAACACUGAGAAGAGUAAACUUUUCCUAAAACACUUUAUAUUAUAAAUGAAAAUAAAUUGCUAGUUUAUAUUUUAGAUAUAAACAUCAUAUUUUUUAUUAAUGCCUACAUCAAAUGGAAAAUAUCUGAAAUUUUUUUUCCAUAGCAGUUAUUUUCUACUAGAAGUAAUUUUACUACUUUUCUUUUAGAACAGAGUAAGAGUCUUAAUCUGAAGUCUUUUUCAUGCCCUUGUUUUUAAAAAACUCCUUUUUUUCCCCUCGAAAAAAUCAAGGGUGUAAUUUUUAAUAAAUUGUUAAUCCUAUGUUUUGUAAUUUUCAUUUUAGGAGCUUGACUUAUUUUUUUCUCUCUCAUAAAAACACAUUUGUUUUAAUUGUAGGAGAAAUUACUUUUCUCAGCAUUUUGCAUGUUCUUUCUAAUCUUCGUUGGUCUGAAUAUAUUGGUAGUAAUUACUGUAAUUAUUCAACAAAAACUAUAUCCGUUGAAAAAUUUUUCCACUAUGUCUUCUUUCUAGUGGCUACUGUUUUAGUUUUCUAGUUGAAUAUCUCUGACAAGCUUUCGUAUGGUUUUGUGGUAUUUUCAUCUACAUGUAAUGUGUUAUUAAUUUUAUUUUAAAUGAAAACUAAUCACCUUCAUGUGGAAAUGCUCUGAGAAUUCUCCUCAGGCAUUUGGUAGUAACCAGCUAACCAAGAAGAAACAGAGAAACCAGAACUUCAUAUGGCAGUCCAUUCAGAUGAAGAAUGAUGACAUAAAAUCUGGUUCCUUCUUAGCAAAAUAAAAAACAAACAAGAAAAGAUAUUAAAUGAUGUUAAUUUUCUUACUUUAUGAUUUAGAAGUCCAGUUAUAAUAUUAAAACUCUGUGACAUAGUUUCUUUUACCAAAACCAUGAACCUACUCCCUGUAUCAGGUAUUUUCGAUGGUUUGGAAGUACUCAAGUCACAUUCAAGUUAGAAGUUUUUUUUUGUUGUUGUUAUUUUAAAUUUUUAACAAAUAUAAACACCAGCAGGUACUAUUACUUGCUUAAAAAAUUGGGAGGGGGCACUUUUCAUAGUCUUGGAAUGCUAAGAAGUUUAUUUUUAAUAUUGUGACAGAAAGUAUUUAAGAGCUGUGUAUUAUAUUUGAUACUCUUACAGUUAAAAACUUUUCAAAAUUAAUACAUUGUUAAUUAUUGACCAGUUUUGAAGUUUGGGUUUAACUGUAGUUGAAAUGGAAGGACUCUUGUUUUACACUUGUAUUAAAGAUAAAUUUAUUAAAAUAAGUUAUUUAGCACCAA